AUUAUGUAUCUUUUCUUAUUUAUAAUAAUUAAGAACUCACAAAUAUCUUUUCCAAUUAACAAAAUUGCUUUUUAAAGCAAGAAAAAUAAUAAGUUCAGAAUUUUAAUAAUUGUACUUUCCAAUCAUCCCGCCGAUGACGACAUCAUGGACAACACUUUCACAUGAGAACGCGGCUUUACGGAGAGUGGACGAAUCCUGAUAAUAUAGAUAACCUCACUUUGGACUCGCCGGAUUCGUUCGCGCCUAUCAGCGACUACGUAGUUCAUGUCCGUGGCGUUUCGCGGAAUCGCCUGACAGUUGAUCCUGGAGCGGGGGAUCGAUUCGAUCAUCCACUCGCGAUACCCACCGCGAUCGCACACUCACGAGUCUACCGUUCAACGUAAGCCAACGAGCGGCACGUACCGACCCGGGUAUGGGCGAUUCCUUGGACGGCUCCGGGGAACCGUCCCCGGAGUCGCAGAAUGUCGCGAUCGUCGAGUUCCCGACGUUCGCCAACUAUCUGCGCAAGGCCGUUACCGUGCUGCUACCGGACGAGGACGUGGUGCCGCCCGCGUUCAACCUGGCCUUGGACGAGCGCCACAAUCAGGAUUGCAUCCGCAAGUUCCUCGGCGACUCGCAAGUCAGCUCGCUCUAUAUACAGAGGAGCUCGACCAAAGAAGAGGAUAGUGGUGAAGGAGAUGAAGACAAGGAGAAUACACCUUACUAUAUAUCAAAUGAGAUACACUUCUCAAAUCCAAAAAUGGCCUCCCUAGUUUUGACAAAGCGUGGAAUCGUCAUCGAGGCUGAUAAAUCUAUUCAUUCUCAAGUGCGUUUGAUCACUUUCUCCGAUGGGCCGCCGUAUGAAACUCUACAUGCGAUAAGCAAAACCAUGGCACCUUACUUCAAGAGUUACGUGAAGGAAACAGGUCGCGCUCACAGGGAUGGUGACAAAAUGGUACCAUUAGUCGAGAAGAAAAUCGCGGAGCUUGAGAUGGGACUGUUGCACUUGCAACAGAACAUUGAUAUUCCUGAGAUUUCUCUACCAGUUCAUCCGAUCGUCGCGCAGGUCAUUAAACAGUGCGAGGAAGAGGGCCGCAAGCCGAAAGUCGCCGACUUUGGUGAUAAAGUCGAGGAUUCGACGUUUCUCAAUCAAUUGCAGAACGGCGUCAACAGGUGGAUCAAGGAGAUCCAGAAGGUGACAAAGCUCAAUCGCGACCCGGAAUCGGGUACGGCGCUCCAAGAGAUAUCGUUCUGGCUGAAUCUCGAGAGAGCGCUGCAUCGUAUCCAGGAGAAACGCGAAAGCAUCGAAAUCUCCCUGACGCUCGACAUACUCAAGCAUGGUAAACGAUUCCACGCCACUGUGAGCUUCGACACCGACACCGGCUUGAAGCAGGCACUGGCUACCGUGAACGAUUACAAUCCGUUGAUGAAGGACUUCCCGAUCAAUGACUUGCUGUCGGCUACUGAGCUGGAAAGAAUACGCAGUAGCGUGCAGCAGAUUUUCAUGCAUCUGAGGAAAAUCAGGAGUACCAAGUAUCCCAUUCAGAGAGUGUUGAGAUUGGUAGAGGCUAUCUCGAGAGACUUGGGGCAACAGUUGCUCAAGGUACUGGGCACGCGGCGGCUGAUGCACAUCCCGUUCGACGACUUCGAGAAAGUCAUGGCGCAGUGCUUCGAGGUGUUCACCACUUGGGAUGACGAAUACGAUAAGCUCACUGGACUGCUGAGGGAUGUAGUGAAGAAGAAGCGCGACGAGCACAUGAAGAUGGUGUGGCGAGUAUUGCCGGCGCACAAGAAGCUGCAGUCGAGGAUGGAGCACAUGCGUCGCUUCCGACGUCAGCACGAACAAUUGAGAACGGUGAUAGUCCGCGUGCUCAGACCUACCGUACGCCAAAACAGCAACUCCUCUACGAUGGAAAACGCCGACAACGCGAGUGUGAAGGUGGAAUUCGCCCUGGACGCCGCAGACGCCAACGCUAUUAGCGAGGUUAACCUGGCGUACGAGAACGUGAAGGAAGUGGAUUGUUUGGACAUCACCAAGGAGGGACAGGAAUCCUGGGACGCCGCUGUACACAGAUACGAGGAGCGCAUAGAGCGUGUAGAGGCAAGGAUCACGGCGCACCUACGAGAUCAAUUGGGCACGGCUAAGAACGCGAAUGAGAUGUUCCGGAUAUUCUCGAGAUUCAACGCGCUCUUCGUGAGGCCGCAUAUUCGCGGCGCCAUUAGGGAAUAUCAGACGCAGCUGAUACAGAGAGUCAAAGACGAUAUCGAGGCGUUACACGAAAAGUUCAAGGUUCAAUACGCGCAAAGUAAGUGCUGCAGGAUGAGUAUGGUGAGAGAUUUACCACCUGUUGCUGGAUCGAUAAUAUGGGUCAAGCAGAUCGAUUACCAGUUGACUAUGUACUUGAAACGUGUCGAGGAUGUCUUGGGCAAAGGAUGGGAGAGCCAUAUCGAAGGUCAAAAACUGAAAGCCGAUGGAGACAGCUUCCGUAUGAAAUUAUCGACGCAGGAAAUCUUCGAUGAUUGGGCGCGUAAGGUGCAGGCACGAAACCUCGGCGUGACUGGACGUAUUUUCACGAUUGAAAGCGUACGCUCAAGAACGGGCCGCGGCAAUGUGUUAAAGCUGAAAGUAAACUUCCUUCCUGAGAUUAUUACGCUGUCCAAAGAAGUAAGGAACUUGAGGAACCUCGGAUUUCGCGUUCCCCUGCCUAUCGUGAACAAGGCUCAUCAGGCUAACCAAUUGUAUCCGUUCGCCAUCAGCCUUAUCGAGAGCAUCAGAACUUACGAGAGAACACUGGAGAAGCUUACCAAUCGGAGUCCCCAUUGUCCCGCACUAAAGAUUGAAGACAAAGCGAGUAUUAUACCCUUGGUUGCUGGCAUGCGUAAAGAUGUCCUGGUAUUGAUCUCUGAGGGUAUCGCGUUAGUUUGGGAAAGCUACAAACUCGACCAAUACGUGCAACGUUUAUCCGACGCUGUCGUUUCUUUCCAAGAAAGGGUAGAAGAUCUUCUGGUCGUAGAAGAACAGCUAGAUGUCGACGUUCGUUCUCUCGAAACUUGUCCUUAUUCCGCAAAUACGUUUGCCGAUAUAUUAUCCAAGAUUCAGAAAUCGGUAGAUGAAUUAUCGUUGAAGAACUACUCCAAUUUACACAUCUGGGUAGCACGGCUCGAUGAGGAGGUGGAGAAGAAUUUGGGUGCGAGAUUGGAAGCUGGAAUAAAGGCGUGGACCGAUGCUCUAACUGGUCACAAGAAGGAAGUAGAUUUGAGCAUGGACACAGACGCUCCCGUGCAACCUACGCACAAACCUGGCGGCGAUCCUAAGAUCCAAAAUCAGAUCCAUGAAGUUCGAAUCACCAAUCAAACUAUGUAUCUGUAUCCUAGUAUCGAAGACGCGAGAUUCCAGAUAAUGCAACAAUUAUUCGCGUGGCAAGCGAUCGUCACGUCACAGAUUCGUCUCCAAAGCUCGAGAUAUCAGGUUGGCUUGGAUAAGCCCGAAUCAGGUACAUACAGAAACUUGCUCACGAAAUUGCCUAGUGGAAAGCAGCCAUUGGAGGCGGCAUACGAAGCGGUCGAAUCUAAAAUGAAGGAUGUUGCCGAUUACGUUGAUCAAUGGCUACGUUAUCAGGCGCUCUGGGAUCUGCAACCGGGCAAUCUCUACGGCAAAUUGGGUGAGAAUAUCAACUUGUGGAUGAAAUGUCUGAACGACAUAAAGAAGACGAGGACGACCUUCGAUACCUCCGACACCAGACGCGAAUUCGGGCCUGUGAUUAUAGAUUUCGCGAAAGUGCAGAGUAAGGUGUCACUGAAAUAUGAUUCGUGGCAUAAGGAAACCUUGGGCAAAUUCGGCACGCUCCUGGGUAAUGAAAUGGCUAGCUUCCACUCCCAGGUGUCGAAAUCUAGAAGCGAUCUGGAGCAGCAGUCCAUCGAAGCAGCCAGCACGUCCGACGCGGUCGGUUUCAUAACGUACGUGCAGUCCCUGAAACGCAAAAUGAAAGCUUGGGAGAAACAAGUUGACAUAUAUCGCGAGGGUCAGAGGAUACUUGAACGUCAGAGAUUCCAGUUCCCGUCUUCUUGGUUGCACGUGGACAAUAUAGAAGGAGAAUGGGGCGCAUUUAAUGAAAUUAUCAAGCGCAAGGACACCAGUAUCCAGACUCAAGUUGCAUCCUUGCAGAUGAAAAUCGUUGCCGAAGAUAAGGCCGUUGAGACCAGGACCACCGACUUCCUCAGCGACUGGGAGCGGGGCAAACCAGUGGAAGGCCAUUUGCGACCAGACGAUGCUUUACAGCAGCUGCAAUUAUUCGAAAGUAAAUUCGCUAGGCUCAAAGAAGAGAGAGAUAAUGUCGCCAAAGCCAAAGAGGCAUUGGAACUACAAGAGCCGGGCGGAAUAUCGACCAGCGAGGACAGAAUGCAGGUGGUAUUCGAGGAACUGCAGGACUUGAGAGGAGUUUGGUCGGAAUUGUCGAGGAUAUGGGCACAAAUCGACGAAACUCGUGAGAAACCUUGGCUGUCCGUGCAACCGCGAAAAUUGCGCCAGCAAUUGGAUACGAUGAUGGCACAGUUGAAGGAACUACCAGCGAGAUUGAGACAAUACUCAUCAUAUGAAUACGUAAAGAAGAUGCUGCAGAGUUACACGAAAGUGAACAUGCUGAUCGUAGAACUGAAGUCCGACGCACUCAAAGAAAGGCACUGGAAACAGUUGACAAAACAGCUCAGGGUGAACUGGGUACUGAGUGAGCUCACUCUUGGCCAAGUCUGGGAUGUAAAUCUUCAGAAGAACGAGGGAAUAGUCAAAGAUAUUAUCCUUGUGGCGCAAGGCGAAAUGGCACUGGAGGAAUUCCUCAAGCAAGUACGCGAAUCUUGGCAAACGUACGAACUGGAUUUGAUAAAUUACCAAAACAAAUGCAGGCUGAUACGCGGUUGGGACGAUCUGUUUAAUAAAGUGAAGGAGCACAUCAAUUCGGUGGCUGCCAUGAAGUUGUCACCGUAUUACAAGGUAUUCGAAGAAGAGGCUUUAACUUGGGAAGAGAAGUUGAAUAGAAUUAAUGCGCUGUUCGACGUUUGGAUAGACGUACAGCGGCGGUGGGUCUACCUCGAAGGCAUCUUCUCUGGUAGCGCAGAUAUCAAGACACUAUUGCCAGUGGAAACGUCACGCUUCCAAAGUAUCAGUUCCGAAUUCCUGGGACUCAUGAAGAAAGUGUCCAAGUCACCUAUGGUCACAGAUGUUUUGAACAUACCCGGCGUACAAAGAGCACUCGAACGUCUUGCCGAUCUUCUUGGCAAGAUACAGAAAGCACUGGGAGAAUACUUGGAAAGAGAACGAACAUCUUUCCCGCGAUUCUACUUCGUCGGCGACGAGGACUUGUUGGAGAUUAUUGGUAACAGCAAGAAUGUUGCAAGAUUGCAAAAACACUUCAAAAAAAUGUUCGCUGGCAUAGCCGCUAUUCUGCUCAACGAAGAUAACUCGAUUAUUACCGGCAUUGCUUCGCGCGAAGGUGAAGAAGUUAUAUUCCAGAAUCCUGUGUCCACGGUCGAUCAUCCUAAAAUUAAUGAAUGGUUGACGUUAGUGGAGAAGGAAAUGCGCGUGACGCUUGCCUCGAGCCUAGCAAAGGCGGUACAGGACAUAAAACAAUUCAAAGAUGGAAAUAUAAACGCCCAGGCAUUUAUGUCGUGGUGUGACAAUUAUCAAGCUCAAAUAAUAGUCUUGGCAGCACAGAUCUUGUGGUCGGAAGAUGUUGAAGCGGCCCUCCAUGAAGCACAGGCCGAUCCAAGCAAAAAUCCGCUCGAAAGAGUGUUGGUACAAGUGGAAGGCACGUUGAACGUAUUGGCCGAUUCCGUUCUUCAAGAGCAGCCACCUUUAAGAAGAAAGAAAUUAGAGCAUUUGAUUAACGAAUUUGUGCAUAAGCGCACCGUUACUAGAAGAUUGAUCGCCAACAGAGUUUCGAAUCCGAAAGCAUUCGAGUGGCUGUGCGAGAUGAGAUUCUACUUCGAUCCGAGACAAACGGAAGUUCUUCAACAACUUACGAUACACAUGGCAAACGCUAAAUUCUCCUACGGGUUCGAAUACUUGGGCGUACAAGAUAGAUUAGUGCAGACACCGUUGACGGACAGAUGCUAUUUGACAAUGACACAAGCGUUGGAGGCUCGACUUGGUGGAUCGCCAUUUGGACCAGCCGGCACAGGAAAAACUGAAUCCGUGAAAGCGUUAGGUCAUCAACUUGGAAGAUUUGUAUUGGUAUUCAAUUGCGACGAGACAUUCGACUUCCAGGCCAUGGGCCGUAUAUUUGUUGGUCUUUGCCAAGUGGGCGCAUGGGGUUGCUUCGAUGAGUUUAACCGUUUGGAGGAGCGGAUGUUGUCCGCCGUCUCUCAGCAAGUGCAAACGAUUCAAGAAGCUCUCAAGAGCCAGAUGGAAGGCAAGAAAGAGGGAACCCUCUGCGUUGAGUUGGUUGGAAAACAAGUUAAAGUCUCCACGGAUAUGGCCAUAUUCAUCACCAUGAAUCCCGGAUACGCCGGACGUUCCAAUCUGCCAGAUAAUCUGAAGAAACUUUUCCGAUCACUUGCCAUGACCACUCCUGAUCGGCAACUAAUAGCCGAAGUGAUGUUAUUCAGCCAAGGUUUCAGAUCGGCAGAGAAAUUGGCAUGCAAAAUUGUUCCAUUCUUCAAACUUUGUGACGAACAACUUUCUAAUCAAUCGCACUACGAUUUCGGACUACGCGCGCUGAAAUCCGUGCUGAUCUCUGCCGGAAACGUGAAGCGUGAUCGCAUACAGAAGAUCAAAGAGGGUAUGCAAAGCCGUGGCGAAACCAACAUUGAUGAGGCUUCGAUCGCUGAGAAUCUGCCUGAACAGGAGAUACUCAUCCAGUCUGUAUGCGAGACAAUGGUACCCAAAUUAGUUGCCGAAGAUAUACCAUUACUGUUCAGUUUGUUAAGCGACGUAUUCCCUAAUGUGAAUUACACACGCGCGGAAAUGAAAGGUUUGAAAGAUCAAAUCAGGAAAGUAUGCUCUGAGGAAUAUCUAGUAUGCGGCGAAGGAGAUGAACAAGGAGGUGCUUGGCAAGAAAAGGAAUCGAUCGGUGAAACGUGGGUGGAGAAGGUACUCCAAUUGUACCAAAUUUGCAAUCUGAAUCAUGGAUUAAUGAUGGUCGGCCCAAGCGGAUCUGGUAAAACCAUGGCGUGGAAGGUGCUGCUCAAAGCACUGGAGCGAUUCGAAGGUGUAGAAGGCGUCGCCCACGUAAUCGAUCCGAAAGCGAUCAGCAAGGAAACGUUAUACGGUGUGUUGGAUCCAAACACGCGUGAAUGGACGGACGGUUUGUUCACACAUAUACUGCGAAAGAUAAUUGAUAACGUCAGAGGAGAGAUCAACAAACGGCAAUGGAUUAUAUUCGACGGAGAUGUUGAUCCGGAAUGGGUUGAGAACUUGAACUCCGUGCUCGAUGACAAUAAGCUCCUUACUUUGCCCAACGGCGAACGCCUGAGCUUGCCGCCCAACGUACGAGUCAUGUUCGAAGUGCAAGAUCUAAAGUACGCUACGUUGGCCACCGUGUCGCGUUGCGGCAUGGUGUGGUUCUCCGAGGACGUGUUGUCGACCGAAAUGAUAUUCGAGAACUACAUGAUGCGCUUGCGAAACAUUCCACUGGAGGACGGCGAGGAGGAUAAUCUUGGCAAGAAAACCGAUAAGGAAGACACCAUAUCACCUGCAUUAGCGGUGCAGAGAGAAGUUGCCAGUAUCAUGCAGAGUUACUUCGCGCCUGACAGCUUAGUAGUAAGAUGCUUGGAGUACGCCAUGAAGCAAGAGCACAUAAUGGACUUCACGCGCCUGCGGGCUCUCAGUUCCCUGUUCUCCAUGUUAAAUCAAGCCGUACGCAACGUACUGCAGUACAAUCAUUCUCAUAUUGACUUCCCCUUGCCGAGCGAGCAACUGGAACGUUACAUGCCCAAGUGCCUGGUUUAUGCGCUCCUGUGGAGUUUCGCGGGUGACGCUAAAUUGAAAGUUAGAUCGGACUUGGGUGAUUUCAUCAGAUCUAUUACAACUGUGCCUCUGCCAUCUCAGACCAGCAUACCGAUUAUAGACUUCGAAGUAAACAUACACGGUGAAUGGUUACUCUGGAGCAACAAAGUUCCUCAGAUCGAAGUGGAGACCCACAAAGUAGCCAGCCCGGACAUCGUCGUACCAACUUUGGAUACCGUCAGACACGAAAGUUUACUGUACACCUGGUUGGCUGAGCACAAACCGUUGGUGCUCUGUGGACCACCUGGUUCCGGUAAAACCAUGACGCUGUUCUCCGCUUUGCGAGCAUUACCAGAUAUGGAGGUUGUGGGGCUUAACUUCUCAUCCGCCACGACGCCCGAGCUGUUGCUCAAGACAUUCGAUCACUACUGCGAAUACCGCAAAACACCGAACGGCGUUGUACUUUCGCCAGUGCAGUUGGGCAAAUGGCUAGUCCUGUUUUGUGACGAGAUCAAUUUACCCGAUAUGGAUAAUUAUGGAACGCAGCGCGUGAUCUCCUUCCUGAGACAAUUGGUGGAGCACCAAGGUUUCUAUCGAACCAGCGAUCAAGCGUGGGUCACUCUAGAAAGGAUACAGUUUGUCGGCGCCUGUAAUCCACCUACAGAUCCUGGCAGAAAACCUCUGAGUCACAGGUUCCUGCGUCACGUACCCGUUAUUUAUGUCGACUAUCCCGGAGAAACCUCUUUGAAACAGAUUUACGGCACAUUUACGCGUGCCAUGCUUAGAUUAACACCUAAUCUGCGUGGUUACGCUGAACCUUUAACGAACGCAAUGGUGGAGUUCUACUUAGCCUCCCAGGAGAAAUUCACACAAGAUAUGCAACCGCAUUAUGUAUACUCACCACGCGAAAUGACGCGCUGGGUGCGCGGUAUCUGCGAGGCCAUUAGACCGCUCGAUAAUCUCUCUGUGGAAGGCUUGGUGCGUUUAUGGGCCCACGAAGCUCUUCGUCUAUUCCAAGACAGAUUGGUGGAAGAAUCCGAGAGGGCUUGGACGAAUAAAAACAUCGACACUGUGGCUCUGAAGCACUUUAUGUCGGUCGACAGAGAAAAGGCACUGGCCAGGCCAAUCUUGUACAGUAACUGGCUGUCGAAGGACUACGUGCCGGUGAAUAGGGAAGAGCUGAGAGAUUACGUUCGCGCAAGGUUGAAAGUAUUCUAUGAGGAGGAGCUCGAUGUGCCGUUGGUGCUCUUUGACGAGGUGCUUGAACAUGUUCUACGAAUUGACAGAAUUUUCCGACAACCUCAGGGACACUUGUUGCUAAUCGGUGUCUCUGGUGCUGGUAAGACAACUCUGUCGAGAUUCGUUGCAUGGAUGAACGGCUUGUCCAUUUUCCAAAUCAAGGUGCACAAUAAAUAUACCGGUGAAGAUUUCGACGAGGAUCUACGUCAAGUAUUAAGACGGUCCGGUUGCAAGGACGAGAAGAUAGCUUUCAUUCUUGAUGAAUCCAACGUGUUGGAUUCCGGUUUUCUCGAGCGUAUGAACACGUUGCUCGCCAACGGUGAAGUGCCUGGACUGUUUGAGGGCGACGAGUACACGACCCUCAUGACGCAAUGCAAGGAAGGUGCUCAGCGGGAAGGCUUGAUGUUGGAUUCUAACGAGGAACUUUAUAAAUGGUUCACCGGCCAAGUUAUGAAGAACCUGCAUGUCGUAUUCACGAUGAAUCCGAGCACGGACGGUUUGAAAGAUCGUGCGGCAACAUCGCCAGCAUUGUUCAACAGAUGCGUGCUGAAUUGGUUCGGUGAUUGGUCGGACAAUGCGCUGUUCCAAGUUGGCAAGGAAUUCACUAAUCGCGUCGACCUCGAGAGACCGAUGUGGAAAUGUCCGGACUUCUUCCCGUCCGUAUGUUCCUUGAUCCCACCACAAAUGACGCACAGAGACGCCGUUAUAAACGCGUGCGUCUAUGUCCACCAGACCUUGCACAAAGCGAACACGCGGCUGGCCAAGAGGGGCGCUCGAACCAUGGCGAUCACUCCGCGCCAUUACUUGGAUUUUAUUAAUCACUUUGUUAAACUGUAUCAAGAGAAGAGAAGCGACUUGGAGGAACAACAGUUGCAUUUGAAUGUCGGUUUGAGUAAGAUCGCCGAGACAGUAGAGCAGGUCGAAGAGAUGCAGAAGAGCUUAGCCGUCAAAUCUCAGGAGCUGCAAGCUAAGAAUGAAGCCGCCAAUGCGAAAUUAAGGCAAAUGGUUAAGGAUCAACAAGAAGCGGAGAAGAAGAAGGUACAGAGUCAAGAAAUCCAGCAGCAGUUAGCUAUUCAAACGGUAGCUAUCAAUCAAAAGAGGGACGAUGUGAUGGCCGAUCUUGCUCUAGUCGAACCAGCUGUUAUUGAUGCUCAAAAUGCGGUGAAAUCGAUAAAGAAACAGCACUUAGUCGAGGUUCGUUCCAUGGCGAAUCCGCCGGCGAUCGUGAAAGUCGCGCUGGAGUCUAUCUGCUUAUUGCUCGGCGAAAACGCCAGCGACUGGAAAUCUAUCCGUGCGGUCAUCAUGAGGGACAAUUUUAUCAAUACUAUUGUCUCUAAUUUUAGUACUGAGGACAUUACCGAUGAGGUGAGAGACAAAAUGAAGAGUCGUUACCUAAGCAAUCCCGAUUACAACUUUGAAAAAGUAAAUCGCGCCAGUUUGGCAUGCGGUCCUAUGGUGAAAUGGGCCAUAGCACAGAUUGAGUACGCUGAUAUGUUGAAACGAGUCGAACCGCUACGCGAGGAACUUUAUUCUCUGGAGCGACAAGCGGAUACCAACAAGCUGAAGGGUGAAGAAGUAAAGAAUCUGAUCGCUCAACUAGAGCAGAGUAUAGCAUCUUACAAAGAAGAAUACGCUCAACUCAUCUCACAAGCACAGGCCAUUAAGGCCGAUCUUGAGAGUGUACAAGCCAAAGUGGACAGAUCGAUCGCCUUAUUGAAGUCCUUGGUUAUCGAAAGAGAAAGGUGGGAGGCAACGAGCGAGACAUUCAAGAGCCAAAUGUCCACGAUCAUUGGAGAUGUUUUGUUAUCUUCCGCUUUCUUGGCCUACGCUGGCUACUUUGAUCAACAUUACCGCCAAAACCUCUUCACUACAUGGUGUCAACAUCUGCAACAUGCGAAUUUGCAAUUCAGACCUGAUAUUGCACGAACCGAAUAUCUAUCCAAUCCUGAUGAACGUUUGCGAUGGCAGGCGAAUGCAUUGCCAACCGACGACCUGUGCACUGAGAAUGCGAUCAUGUUGAAGCGUUUCAACAGAUACCCGUUAAUCAUCGAUCCGUCUGGUCAAGCAACGGAAUUCAUCCUGAACGAGUUCAUAGAUCGAAAGAUCACGAAAACCAGCUUCUUGGAUGAUUCGUUCAGGAAAAAUCUCGAGAGCGCCCUACGUUUCGGCAAUCCCCUGUUGGUGCAAGACGUGGAGAAUUAUGAUCCUAUAUUGAAUCCUGUGCUGAACCGAGAAUUGCGACGCACAGGUGGACGUGUGUUGAUCACACUCGGCGAUCAGGACAUAGAUCUUUCGCCAUCGUUCGUCAUCUUUUUGUCAACGAGGGACCCGACGGUGGAAUUCCCGCCGGACAUUUGUUCGCGCGUGACAUUCGUUAAUUUCACCGUCACCAGAAGCUCGCUGCAGAGUCAGUGCUUGAAUCAGGUGCUGAAGGCCGAGCGUCCAGACAUCGACGAGAAGAGGUCCGACUUACUCAAACUUCAGGGAGAGUUCCAUUUGAGGCUGCGACAGCUCGAGAAAUCUUUGUUGCAGGCGUUGAACGACGCCAAGGGUAAGAUCCUCGACGACGACUCCGUGAUCACCACUCUUGAGACCUUGAAGCAGGAAGCCGCUGAUAUCAGUAAGAAAGUAGAGGAGACGGACAAGGUCAUAGCGGAGAUCGAAACGGUCUCGCAUCAAUACAUGCCUUUGUCACAAGCGUGCUCGAAUAUGUACUUCACCAUGGACAGCCUCAACCAAGUACACUUCCUGUAUCAAUAUUCGCUAAAGAUGUUCCUGGACAUCUUUACAUCUGUGUUGUCGCAAAACCCGAAGUUGUCCGGCAUGUCGGAUUACAGCCAACGACUUUCGCUCAUCACGCGCGAUCUAUUCGCCGUCUGCUACGAGCGAGUCGCUCGCGGAAUGCUACACACAGAUAGAUUGACAUUCGCUUUAUUGCUCUGCCGCAUCCACCUAAAGGGCAUUCCCACGGAAUCCACCUACGACAGCGAAUUUACGUUCUUCCUACGCGGCAAGGAGGGCGUACUUAAUGUCCGAGCGCCACCGUUAUCUAAUUUGAGCUCGGAGCAGCAAGAAGCGAUGAUGCGUUUGAGCAUAAGACUACCUGCGUUCAAGAAACUGCCGGAGAAGAUCCAAGAGAGCACAGAGUUCGGUGCGUGGCUACAGUCGCCUACUCCGGAGACGUGCGUGCCAAGGCUCUGGGACGAGGAAAAACCGCUGUCGCCCACGGGAAUAGCGAUGCAUCAAUUGCUGAUAAUACAAGCCUUCCGACCAGAUCGUGUAAUUGCGGCUGCGUCCUUGGUAGUGAUGUCCGCGUUCGGCGAGUCCUUUAUGCCAGCCGCCGAGGCCGAGCUCGACUUUGCGUCCGUCGUAGAGAACCAGCUGAAGGCAACCGUACCGGCUUUGCUAUGCUCAGUACCAGGCUUCGACGCUUCGGGUAGAGUGGAUGAUUUAGCCGCGGAGCUCGGCAAGCAAAUAGCUAGCAUCGCGAUCGGAUCGGCAGAGGGAUUCAAUCAGGCUGAUAGAGCUAUAAACAUGGCUGUGAAAGCCGGCAGAUGGGUCCUACUGAAAAACGUACACCUUGCGCCGCAGUGGCUGGUACAGUUGGAGAAGAAGUUGCAUAGCCUACAGCCACAUACCAGCUUCCGAUUAUUCUUAACGAUGGAGAUUAAUUCCAAGGUACCAGUGAACCUAUUAAGAGCCGGUAGAAUCUUCGUGUUCGAACCACCGCCUGGCAUACGAGCGAACCUCUUGCGUACGUUCAGCACCGUGCCCGCCUCGAGGAUGAUGCGAGUACCCAACGAAAGGGCCCGACUGUACUUCCUGCUCGCGUGGUUCCACGCAAUCGUGCAGGAACGAUUGCGUUACGCGCCGCUAGGCUGGGCUAAACACUACGAAUUCAACGAGAGCGAUCUGAGAGUCGCCUGCGACACCUUGGACACGUGGAUCGAGACGACAGCUAUGGGCAGAACGAAUCUACCGCCCGAAAAAGUACCUUGGGAUGCUCUGGUGACUCUUCUCUCCCAGUGCAUCUACGGUGGCAAGAUUGACAACGAUUUUGAUCAACGUCUCCUGGCCUCUUUCUUGCGCAAGCUUUUUACACCACGUUCAUUCGAGGCCGACUUUGCGCUGGUUGCUAACAUCGACGGUGCGCAAGGUGGUCAGAGACACAUCACAAUGCCGGAUGGCACUAGGCGCGAUCACUUCCUGAAGUGGAUCGAGUCCCUUUCAGACAGACAGACACCUUCCUGGCUCGGUUUGCCGAAUAAUGCAGAGAAAGUGCUUCUGACCACAAGGGGAACCGAUCUGGUCUCCAAGCUUCUCAAGAUGCAGCAGUUGGAGGACGAGGACGAGCUAGCAUAUUCAAACGAGGAACAUUCUUUGGACACGCCGAGGGAAGCUGAAGCGGACGGUAGGCCUUCUUGGAUGAGAACUUUGCACAAUUCGGCCUCCACCUGGCUGCAACUACUUCCGAAGAACCUGCUGAUUCUGAAAAGAACGGUUGAAAAUAUCAAAGAUCCAUUAUACAGAUAUUUCGAGAGAGAAGUUAAUAGCGGAGCGAAAUUACUUCAAGAUGUUAUCCACGACUUGGAAGAUGUCGUAUUAAUUUGCCAAGGCGAGAAGAAACAGACCAAUUACCAUAGAACAAUGUUGUCCGAGCUAGUAAAAGGCAUUCUGCCUGCUGGUUGGAGGAGAUACACCGUACCGAGAGGCUGCACAGUCAUACAAUGGAUCACCGACUUUAGUCACCGUGUCUCACAGCUGCAGGAGGUCUCCCGUUUGGUCUCUCAGGGCGGAGCGAAAGAAAUAAAGAGUUUCCCAGUCUGGCUCGGAGGCCUACUAAAUCCUGAAGCUUACAUUACCGCAACGAGGCAGUGUAUCGCACAAGCUAAUAGCUGGUCGCUCGAGGAACUGCAAUUGAAUGUAACCAUAGGCGAUGGCGAUAACAUCGCCACGGACGAUUGCUCCUUCGCCGUUACCGGCUUGAAGUUACAAGGCGCGCAAUGUAAAGAUAAUCAAUUGUAUUUAACGUCGACUAUUAUGACCGAUUUGCCGGUUACUAUGCUGAGGUGGGUGCGAUCGUCUACGGAGGAUAUCAGAAAGGGCAAGCUGUCCUUGCCAGUUUAUUUGAACAGCACUCGUACCGAACUGCUAUUUACCGUUGAUUUGAACAUUGCUCCUAGUCAAGAUCCGCACAGUUUCUACGAGAGAGGGGUCGCUGUCUUAACAUCAACUGCUUUGAAUUAAUAUGAUUACAUAAUAAUUAAAACUGUCUAGCGCGAAUUGUACUGCUUAUUACUGCAGAGAGUAUUAUACUCAUGAUAACAAAUAUAAUUUAAGAUACGUUGCUGCAUGUUACAGCAUUUGUAAAGAAGAAAAACCGCAGUGACAUGCUGUAAGUCUGAAAGACACUAUAUAAAGGAAUAUAUAUUUUACACGAAUUAUUUACAAGUAUCCAAAGGAUUUCGUGCCGAAUGUACGAUUAGAAAUAGAUAUUUUCAGUGGAUAGAGCACAACUGUCUAUCAUUCGUUUAUAAGAACCAAUAUUUUCGCAAGAGAGGUUGUAAUAUAUAUGUAGUUUAUUUAAUUUUGUAUAUGUUCGGAGAAUUUUAAAGUAUCCCUUUCUGUAACAAAGUUACAUUACGUUUACCCGAAUAUAAGUAUCAAGAUAUUAGUGUUUAUAACAGAAUCUUAGUGGCAUCUAAUAAAGUCGUACUGUAUAACAGA